UAAACCGUUCAAAAGGAAAGCAAAAAUGUUAACAACCCCUAGCCAAAUUAUUAUCAAUGUAGCUACUUUAAUAAUCAACUAUGAAAGGUUAAUAGUUACAAUAACGAUGCAAGGUAAAGGUGUUGUUUGAUAGAAUAGCUGAUCCUAGUACAGCUGAGCUUUCAGCACUAUGGGAGGCGGUGUAUUGGUGUAUCAGGAUGUUGGAAGGUGAUGCCUAGGUGGUGAUAGACGAGGUCAAUGGAGGCAUGGUGGCAAAUGUUCGUGGCGGGGCAAUCUUUGAGGAGAUCUGUUCCGAUCAGCUGUCUUUACCUGAUGUGUGGUUUCGGUUUGUGAGAAAGGAAAACAAUAGGGUAUCCCCAUGAGGUGAUUAAGUUUUCUUUAUUUCUUAGUCGAUGUAAUUUGGUCGAUUUUUGUGCAUGGCUCUUUAUAGAGGCGGGUAUGGUAUAACUUUUGUUUCUUGUUUAUUGCAAGCUAUCGUGUUGUUAACAAACAAAAAUUAAUUGUAAUUCUCUAAAUAGACUUCAUAACUACUUACUCACUAACUUUCUAAUAAUUAACUAAAAUUCUGACAGCUUAUUGCUUUAAUAUUCUCUUUAAAGAAUAAGACUCAAGUACCGAAACUCAAACUCAUUCCACUUGAUCCAAAAUCUCCAUAGCUAGCUAGACCCUAGAUAAUUUGUGUAUACGUUCAGCUCAACCCUUGAACAUACUAGGGGCUCCAUUAUAGGACGGUUAAUUAAGCCAGUACUUUAUGAUUAAGUGAUUAUGCCAAGCACAAGCAGACCCACAAAGUGCAAUUUGAGAACUCUGACAAAUUUGGCACUUCCAUUUACAGAACCACAAGUCCUUUUUUUUCUCUACCCUGAUUUGAUUUUGAUGUAAAGCCUUUCGGUUUCUUUCUUUUAAUGGCUUCACCUUCACCUUGACGACGCUACGCUACCUAGAGACAAUAUCUUGCAUUAUUGGGGAUGACUAAAAACCUUUUCAAUACCUUGAUUGAUUUUAUGUAAAACCUUUUGGUGUCUUUUUUUUAAUGGCGGUAACAUACCCAUAGUAGUUUAAGGAGGGAUGACUAAAAAACAAAUAGCGGGCCCAAAGAUAUUUAUCAAAGAUAUUCAACCAUAGAUAGUCAAAUAGUGUUGAAUUCAAAUACUACCAUUAUUAAAUUGAAUUUUACACAAACAAAUUUUUCCCACAAUUUUAAUUUAAGAUUUGUGCAUUGGGAACUCACUAGUGCACUUGCGCAGAUGAACACAUGCAUGCACUGUAGACUGCCACAACACAACCCUCCGAUCGAGUUGUGCGAUAUUGUGCCGGAAAUUGGGAAAAGCCCACCGUUCGAGACCUGGAUCCAUUGCUAUUUUUCGGAUAUAUUAUAUUCUCCGCUUUGUUCUAGAUCCAUUAUUAGUACCAUUACCAUUUUUACACCAAACCUUUUUUUUAUAUAAUGGUGAUACGAUAUUAAUUUAUGUAGUUUACAACGAACUAAACAUCGAUCUCCAUGAACGAAAGUGCAUACAGUGGCAUUAUUUAUUUUGGUUGAACGCAUAACCUAACAUCAUUUUACAUUUUUUGGGGUGAAAACAAUGUAUUAAUACAGUAAAAUACUUAUAUUGACGUAACUCAUUAUAUUUGCGGCUACCUCAACGUAACACGAUAUGAUGAGUACCUUACGGUAUUAAACACACAAAAUUUAUAAGUCAUUUUUAAUUCAAUAAUGCGAUUAAAUAAUGUUUAUUUUAAUUUUAUUAAUUGCAGGCUUUAGCUUUGGAACUAAUUUGUGAGACGUUUACUUUUGGUCUCUCCUCUUUUAGUCUCCUCAUUUUGGGAUGAGUUCACAACUAGUAGAUUACGCUUCUCCCAUCAUCGUCUAUGAUACCUAAUCAAAUCCGAAUCGAUUUUAUCACGAAAAAUCCAAUCAAAAUGAUUUUUUAAUGAUUUUUACAAGAAUCCAAUAAGAAGAGUAAUAGAUUUGGUGUGGUUAUAAUAUUCUAAAUAUCGACCCAAUUAUUCAUUACAUCUAGGUUCUAAAUUCACUCGUUUUAACAUACCGAUCAUUCAUAUCCUGUAGACAUUAUGAUUAUAUCUUAUAUGUAGAAUUUGGCUCAUUCUCCUUCAUUUUUGUAAAUAAGAAUGAAUUAAUCUAGCAUCUUAAUUAAUGUAGCAUCUUUCAAAUCAAUUUUAAUAAUUGAAGACGAUAUUAACCAAGUUGCUGCAGGUGUCAAAACGUGAGUCAUCAAAGAUGAAAUGAUACGUGGUGAUCGUAUCUAUUUUUGAUAUUGUUUUCCUAAAUUAAUAUAGUCUAGGCCAAAUUUAGACACACCCAUGACUGUACUGACAAGUCUGUGAUCUGUCUAGUGUCUAAUAAAGACAAAUAUAAGCCUAGAAUGGAGAGCAAGUAGUUUGAUUUGAUACCCUUUUGAUGUACGUAGCCUGUUCUAUUACUGUAAGUGUGACAAUAGAAAAUUUCGGCCCGAUUACGUCUGGAUCACCGGAAAAUUUUUGGUGCGUCUUGGUUCAACCUCUCUUUUUUCGGCCCGAUAAUCUAUCACCGCCGAUAUUAGUCUGAAAAAAAUCAUGUUAUAACGGAAUCUUGAAAAAUACAUGGCAUUAGAAAUGAAAACGACUAGAAAUAAGGAAAGGUUAGCCUUCUUCGGCGAACACCCAAUUUCUUAUAUCUGGAAGUUGGAAAGGUUGAAUGUGUGUUUGAACUUUGAGGUUGUGGAAUUUUUUUCACCGUAACUGUAUUCAAAUAAAACUGACCUAGAGAUAGUCAGGUAGAAUAGUGAAGUCGGCAGCCACUAAUACAAAAUUUGGCGGCGGCAAAUAUCAUCGAUCUCUUCUUCAUAAAAAAAAUAUAUCAUCGAUCUCUUAUUAAAUUUUGCAGGUUGAUCCUUGAGAUUCGACAUAUGAGGAAUGGGAAAAAAAAAACGAAUGACCCACAAAUUCGACUUCUCAUGAACCAAACUCGAGUUUCGCGAAUGACCCACAAAUUCGCUUGUGAUCACCUGCUCGCCCAGUAGUCAUCGGUUGCUUCUAGCUUAGCUAAUUCAGUCCACUUACCCACUGAUCAGUCAUCGGAUUGCGGGUUAUCAAUCCAGGAUGCAGAAGACUGAAGCUCUAGUUUGCCAAGCUGACCAGCGCCUUAAUAAAAAAUGGUUAUUCCCAGACCUCAUCAGACUAUUCCAUGUUUGUCAGGUGGAUUCAAGGAAGGGUUGUGGUGGUUUUUGUAUAUGUUGAUGACAUAUUAAUUGCAGGGAGCUACCUGGGAGACAUUGAACAACUUAAAUUGUUUUUGAGUAAAGAGUUCAAGGUCAAAGAUCUUGGGCAGAUGAGCUACUUUCUGGGAUUGGAAGUGUUAAGAGAUCACAAGGGCAUCUUCCUGAGUCAAAGGAAGUACUGCCUGGAAUUGGUCACUGAUACAGGCUAUCUUGAAGUCAAAGGCUGUCUCUCUCCUAUUGACUGUAAUGUGAAGCUCUCAGCAACCCAAGGAGAUCCAUUACCAGAUCCUAGUGUUUACAGGAGGCUUAUUGGAAGACUUCACUAUCUAACAAUUACAAGACAUGACAUUAUCUAUGCAAUUCAACAAUUAGCACAGUACCAAGGAGCACCAUGUGUUGAGCAUCUGCAGGCUGCUCACAGGGUAAUCAGGUAUUUAAAACAAACUCCUGGACAAGGACUCAUGCUCAGAUCAGAUUCCAAGUUAGAGUUGUCUGGAUUCUGUGAUGCUGAUUGGGCAAGCUGCCCUGAUUCUAGAAGGUCACUUACAAGCUAUUGUACCUUCUUGGGAACCUCUCUGAUUACCUGGAAAACUAAGAAACAGACAACAGUCUCUAGAUCCUCCUCUGAGGCUGAAUAUAGAGCUCUUGCUCAAGUUGUUUGUGAAGUUCAGUGGUUGAGGAACUUAUUGCUGGAAAUGGGAGUACAGGUUCCACUGCCCAUUCCUUUGUUCUGUGACAACAAAUCAGCUAUGCAUAUUGGAGAGAAUCCAGUGUUCCAUGAAAGGACUAAACAUAUCGAAAUAGACUGCCGCUAUACAAGAGAGCGCUUGAAGUCUGGUUUGAUUCAUUUGAGCCAUGUCAGAACAGAUGACCAGAUUGUAGACAUUUUUACUAAAGGGGUCUCUCGAUAUCGUUUGAAGUUUUUGCUUGACAAGCUGGGAGUUCACAAUGCUUACUCGCCAGCUUGUGGGGCAAUAUCAAUCCAGGAUGCAGAAGACUGAAGCUCUGGUUGAGAUGAUGAAGCUGCUGGUAGCUGACCUUGAAGAACAGAGCAGCAUGACGAAACGUUUCAAUCAACUUCUCCAGCAACAUAAGUGAAGAACGAGACGGCGACGUUUAGGACUGAGCUUACCGUUACAUGGAGAAGACGGGUGCCAACGAAGAAGCAACACGUGGCACAUUAUUUACUGCUUUAUUUAAAUUAUAGUUUAACGUUUGUUUCAGUUUUUACUGUUCUUGUACGAACACUUUCCCUUUACCAGUACUAUAUAUACGAGAGAAGUGAGAACCCUGCCUCCUUGCGUGCUCCAUUAUAUACCGCCUCCUCCUUCUUCUACCUACAAUUCCUAGCCAUUGCAUCUUUAUUUUACGGGUCAACACUACACUGAACCAUAUUUCUGUUUGUUCUUUCGUUAAUAAUUAUUUUUUUAUCAAUCACGUAUAAUUAAGGAUUUUCAUGCAUUAAUUCGCCAACUUUUUUUUUUUUUUUGGUAGAAUUAAUUCGCCAACGUUGGAUGCUCGACAAAUAAAAUUAAGCAAUAAAGCAGUACUGUUGAAUUUAUCGACUGCCACAAACCCGCUGACCGAGUUCUGCCAGAAAUCGUGUGCCAAAAUUGGGGAAAUCAAGAAAUGGAUCCAAUGCCAUUUUUGGGUACUAUAUUAUUCGAAUAUUUGGUCUAGAUCCGUUGCCAUUUUUCUACCUAAACCCUUUAUUAUUUUAGUUGAAUGUGCCAAAAUUGGGAAAUUGUGAAGAUGGAUCCAUUUUCAUUUUUGGAUAUUGCAGUAUGUUACCCGAUUUUUUUUUAUGAGAAUCAAAAAUUAUCAUUAAGCACCGGGACACCCAAAUACGAGGGGUCCUCUCUAUUACAAACUAUGAGAAACCUAACCUUUUUUAUUCAUUUUGAUUUUUUCAAAUUAUGUUACAAGCUAUCCCAUUAUCAUUCAUGGCCAUGAGUAUGAGUUAGGUUGAUUACUAUGAUUUUACAAAAAAAUAAUAACUCCACCGUAAUACUAUUUUUAAAAUAGGUGUUUUCAUAUAUUCUCACCAAGCUAUAAAUAAUUAUCUCCAACCCUACAACCAAUCGUCUCCCUUGCAGACAAGACUCCUCGCUGCCAACCCUCCCCUGCCCUCCCUCCUCCCCCCGCCUGUCAAUUGUCAUUCGCCAUCCCUCCCCUCGUUUUUUUUUUUUAUCAUAUUGGUGUUAAUUGUUUAUAUGUUGGUAUUGGUUAAUAAAUGAUAUAUAUGUUAUGGUAGUGAUAGUGUUUUUGUGUAGAUUAGAGUGGUAGUGUUUUUUUUUUAUUGAUUCUUGUUUUAUUUCUAAAAUGAAGUUGACAUUUUUUUGAAGUGUUUAUUUAAUGGAUUGAUAUUGACAUCUUGUUUUACUUUUGCAGUGGUAUUAAUUCUGAUGAACGAAAACAAGGAAACUAUUGAGAAAAAGAAGAGAUAGUGGUGGCUGGAAAUCUGCAAAGUGAGAGAGUUAAAAUUUUAAUUAAUAUGUUUUUUAAUUUUCUAAAAUAUAAUUUAUAAAAAAGUUAAUAAAUAUUUUUUAUCCAA